GGAGGUUUGUCGCGUUUUCUGCCUAAUUAACUUUCACUGGCUAGGUUCACCAAGUCAUAUUCUCCAACCACGCGAGUAUCUGCAGGACAAAUUACAAAUUACCCAAAAACCUUUCCAGUGCUCAAGUAUCUUCUCAACGAACAGAAGAUGGGUUUCGGUACAGCUAUUUCAUCUACACGAUAGCUGCGAUCUUGCAGCCAUGGUACCGCCAUCUUCAACUACUGCAAAACCAAUCAAUCCUGAGCCGAGACCUUCAACUCCUACUGAGCCUGAAUCCAGUGAGCCGCGACCUUGGUUUCGAUUCUUCUUGAAUUCAAGAGACAAAUCACCCCGAAAGCUUAAAGUUAAUACUCCAGAGUCAUCUGCGGAUUUCACCAGUACACCAUCGACGACCAGGAAGAAAGUAGUCUGGUCCGAAAAGUACGAUUACAAAGAUCCUCCCAAAAUUAUUACCGAUCGAAAGACACUAUCUGCAGUUCUAUCGCCUUUGACACCAUCAGCGGAGCGAAAAGCCACGAAAUCAAUCCUGAAGACACACCAUGUCCCUGACCCUACACAAGAUACUGUGCCUUCCGAAGGUAACGACACGACAUUAACCUCAAAACCUCCGACACUCGACGGCAGAAUGUUGGAAUCGAUAUCGAAACAAUUGGCUGGGAAAGACAGGGGAUCGAAACUAGAUGCAUACGCGACCUUAUCGGGUGCCUUGAAGGCUUGCGACAAUGUUCCGGAUAGAAAGGCUUUGUCGGAUAAGAUGGAUUUGAUACUUCAAUUCAUGAAGCGGGAUCUAAAUGCCAAGCUUGAAACUGGAGCUCUCGAUACUCAACUUGUGAAAGAGGCUUUAGUACUCAUGUCUAGCUUUCUCUAUAAGAAGUCAAUCUCAGAUAUGUUGACCCCCGAUUUCAAUGGCUAUAUUGUGGACUACGCCUUGAUGACUUUUGAGAAUCCUGGAAUGUCAAAGGAGAUUGUCAGACAUCUGAUGUUUAUAAUUGCACAACAAAAGUUCUCGGCAAGGAUCAUGACAGCGGAUAGGGUUACAAAACUGAUAUCUGCAGUCCACAAUAUUGAGGAUUAUGUGCGAGGCAAGAGCAUCCUAGAACAGCGCAUCAACAUCUACCGAACUUUUAUUCGACAAUCCAGAUCUCAUAUGAUUUCUAAUUCAGACUGGCUUGGGGAUCUCUUCAGCGACAUGCUCAGCAGCUAUUCAAAUAUACAGACUGCUGCUAUUGCGUUUGGUGAAGAAGCUGGCCUUGAACUUGGGACGGAGAGCAGAAUUUCUUCAAAAGUCACAGAGAUAUUCAAAGGAUCGGAUGGAAAGGAUGUCAAGUAUGUGGAAUUUCUUGCCGAUAGACUGCGAAAUAUGGCAAAGAAGCCUUCAAGCUCUACACCCCGUAUCUGGGCGGCCAUCAUACUGUUUCUCCGUGCUCGACCUAAACAGCUAGAGCAUUGGGUAUUUAUCAAGACAUGGCUUGACGUGAUCAAGGUCUGCUUCAAUUCCAGUGACCAAAACACAAAAUUAGCGGCAAAUCUGGCAUGGAACCGCAUGGUAUUUGUGAUAACUCUAGAGGAAAAGGUCUCAUUUAGUAUGAUUAACACACUCAGCCAACCCUUGAUCUUACAACUUCCAAGAAAAGAUGUUCGUAGAAUCUCAAACUCCGACAAUCUGCACCGCAAGUCAACUCUGAGCAGUAUAUGCAAUUUAUUUUACUACUCGGUGAAGCCAAAUACAACCCAAGCCCAGCUUGACACAUUCUGGGACACAUAUAUAAUUCAGAUCGUCCGAGAAAAACUCAUUCCCACUGAUUUCGUGGAAAAUCCCGCAUUGGCUAAGCAGGAUUUGGGUGACGCGUGCAAUAUCCUUUGUGGUUUGUUCAAUGCACAUACCCAACGACCCUGGAUACCAACCCGGGCUCUGAAUGAUAAUGCUAUCACACCUCGAGAGCUUCCAGGACUCGAUCCGCGAUGGCUACGAAAAAGUGCAUCUCGAGUGUUCUCUGUUCUGAGUCCAGUUAUGGAGCUGCUCUUUUGGGAGUUUCCUCUUCCCAAAAGCAGAAUAUCACUUCUAUGGGAAACUUACAUUUUCUCAAUCUCAUCCGCAGCGGCAAAAGAGGUCAAAACUUCGAAUGAUACCAUGUCAUGCCUUGCUUUUCUUUUCAGCACAUUGUACAAAUUUUGGCAAAAGGGGCCAGAUGGCUUGCAUACAUUGAUAUCUCAUCGCAAAAACGAAGCAAACUUUUUGGCUAGCUUUCAAGUUAUUGUAACUACUGCUAUAAGUGGCUUGGGGGUAUUACCAUUUACCGAAAGGCUCCUGUCUAUGGGGCAACAAGAUGAUUUCAUUGUCGUUGCGACUCCUUCACAUCGACCCGGAAAAAUAAAGGGCGAUAUUAGGUCACCACUUCACCAUCUAUUCCUUCUUCUUUCUUGCCCUCCUCCCGGCUUUAAGCAUGGUCUAAAAUUCUCAGAAAUGGCCGUAGCCAUACUUAUGCCUUUUUUCGAAGCUCGACGUUCGAGUAAGGCUAAAAUGGAUUUGAUCAAGGAUCUUUUAGAAAUUCUGCCCGCGGAUAAUACUGAGUCGUGCGGAGCUCUUUGGUCAGUUCUUGCAAAACUUGCUACAGCGGCGAUAAAUUUUCGAGACGACGGUGUCGUGACCAGCACCAUUCAUGAUUCUCGUCCCCUUGGUGCUGAAUAUCGCAGUGUUGCAAAAAUUCUCGACGUUGGGAUUGACCUGUCACCAAAGGAGCCUUUGGAAGGAUGGGAAGAUCUUUUUCAAGCUUUGGCAACAUCUGCUACCACCGAUUCGGGGCAUGGAGGCAGGGCCAUCGUCGUUAUUGAGCCAAUAGCCAAGGCUUUGGCCUCAAAUUGGCGAUCGGACGACGAGCAUUUUGGUAAUAAAGUAGCUUACUGCCAAAUUCUAGUCAAAGAAGCAUCAUACCCAAAAGACCGACAAGCCUUGGACGCAGCUCGGAGGCGUCUUUGGGGAAGUGCAACUGCUGGUCCAAAAAUUAACAUUUUCGAUCCGUAUUCCCAACUAUACCAAUAUAUUUCUCGGUGCUUGAAGUAUUCAUAUGCCGAACUUUCAUCAAAUGAUCAUAUCGCCAUAUGUGGUCUACUUGGUGAGGUUGAAGCGCUUUUAGUACGAUGUCCAAAAGUUUUGUUUAGCGAAGCUUUGACCCAGCUUCAGAGUGGGAUUGUUUACUGGAUAAGCGAUGAAGAGGGAAAACUGCAUAGUGGAAGUGAUGUGUCCCGAACCGUCAAUUCUCUUUGGAGUAAGAUCUGCUCAUUGUUGGGUUCAAACGAUUUAUCAAAAAUGCUGAACGACCUUGAAACAUUAUUGUGCGCUGGCUUAGGAAGCAAACGUGCAUUUAUUGCAAACUCAACCAUAGAAAUGUGGAAAAAUGCAUUCAGUUCCUUCAAAGGUGAAUUGCAGUAUCCUCCUAUGAUCAAAGAAGUUUUGUCUAGACUCCUCCCGAUGACGGACCUCUCCCUUGCAUCAUUAUCCGAAAGCUCCGAAAAUCAGAUAUCAAACAAUCAUAGGCAACCUCUCGAUAUUUUUGAUACGCAGAAAGACACCAAUAUCUCUAAUGAGAUCAAUCUGCCGAAAUUCUCGAACAAAGCUCCUUCGUCCAGUGUAAUUCAAACACAUAAACAAAAAUCGAUAGAUUCAUCCCCACGAGUCAUCAUUGAAGCCAGCAAGGCAGCAUCCCGAAAGAGGUCUCGUGAGACAACCCCGGAACCUGGGAAAAGAAAUUCAAGGAAGAAGGGUUUCAUCGCUAAGUUACGACAUGACGACUCCCAAAUUCAAUUCGAAGCGAUUGCUGGUUCAUCUCCUUUUUCGGAAACAACAUAUGACUCACAAAUUUUGACCGAACGGCAGAAAGAGGUCAGAGAAAGACAAGCUGAAGAAGCAGCCAUGUUCUCAGAUAUCAGGUCUAGCCCUCACCCGAGCUCAAAACUAACUCCCAAGCAUGUCGAUAAUGACAUUGAACUACCUUCCCAUCACUCUGCUUCAAAGUUACUUCUAGAAACACCAGCCAACAGUGAAAGGCAGAGCACCCCUGAUACUAAAAUCGUCGAAAACCAGGAUACUUUCCUAACAUCAUCGCCUACUCCAGCACGUCGUACACUUUUAUCAAAAGACUCCUCUCGCCCUCCUUCUUCGCCAGCUGUAACGGCUGAUUUAAAAAAGCGGCAGAUACAAUCACCUAAAGAUAGUGAUAUGACAAUCACGUCAUCCCCACCAGAAGCCAAGACAAGGAAAAAUCUGCCGCGUAACGUUGUAGAUGAAGACGAGGAUGAAUUUGGGCAAUCACCUUUACCGCCAUAUCGAUCAAUGUACCAAAAUGCUUCGAUGCUAUCCACUUCGUCCGACGAGUUCAAUGUCACCUCGUUUCCUAGUCACUUUCCGGAUGAGAUUAACAACAAUGCAACCACUAAUCGCUCAUUAGAUGCUCCUACACAAGUCGAUCCAUACGCUUUUGAUUUGGGCCAAACCAUGUCUACAUACAGAAGUUCGCCUAGAGAUUCAGAUCUAGAUGAAGAGAUGGACGCAACUGUUGAACUUACCAGUAGCGAAGAGCAGGCAAGGGAUGAAGAGCUUCAGAAAAUAUUUGCUGAGCACAGAACUAGCAAGGCUUGGAGUAUCCAAGUUGCGGAGACCUUUAUGGAUCCGGUUAAAACUGAUAGGGCAACCCUACCAUCGACCCCAAGGCGAAGUCAACGUGGUGUAGCAACGAUGCUGCCAGCGCCAAAUAACUCGAAAGGUUAUGGUCUUGACACCAGGCCAAGUGUAGUACAUUCUGACAGACCUAUGAGCGACGAUGAGACUUUUGAAGAUGCUGUAUCUUCUCCACGAAGACUGCCACCUAGGAUACAAGAGUUAUCGAUGCUAUCUUCUAUGCUAAACGGCAGUUCUUCUCCUCUGAGCGAUAUCGACGAAUCUAGCUAUAUCAAACUUGCAAAAUCUGUAGAUCGGGAGCUAGCUGAAAAUAAAGAUGGAAUUCCUCGUCAAAACAGGGCAUUAACAGAACUAGCUACCACCCCUGUUCAUGCCGAGCCCAUUCACAAGAUUUUGAGUCCAAAACGUCGCUCUCCAAUACGCCCUGUGUCUCAAUCGUCGGCUAUUCAAUCUGUCAUUCCUGAGACUCCUGCACCACAGUUUUUGAAAAGCGAUGGAAAAGAGAAAGUGCUGCAGAGAUCUGCGACUGACGAAUCUGAACCCGGCUCUCUUGUUAUUGCAGGGCAGCAGCAAAUGCGUCCAACCAACACGAGUAGGAGUCCAAAGGCAUUCAACCCUAAGAAAACGCCAAACAAAAUCAAGGUUGGGUAUGGAACUGAAGGAAAUGAUGGUGGUGUUACUCCAGCGAAGAAGCGAAAAUUCGACGAUGCCCUUGAAGAUGGCAGUUCGGUGCUUGACAGUCAAGAGGCAUCCCAGGAUGUCUUAUCAGUGCCACCAACAAAGAAGAGAAAGGGUCGUCCCCCGAAGACACCAGAACCUGUUGCAAUACAGAGUAUUUCUGAAGCCCAAUCUACUCAAUCUCAGCGGUCUGAACGAGCCACUCGAAGAAGUACACGAUCGUCAAGAGCUAGGAGCAUGUUUGAGAACAAUUCCAGCAUUAGUGCAUCUAGAGAAUUCAGCUCUGCCCCAGAUAUCACUGAGAUUAGUUCGUCGAUAGUCGCCGACGACCGCUCUACUAUGCCAGUCUCUAGUACUGAAGCUGUUGACGAUAUCACUCGCGGCAAUUCAGAACAUGUGGAUCAAACAAGUUCAGCACUUGAGCAAGCCGAUGAACCAGAGCUAGAUUUUGUGGAGGAAACUUUACUACAAUCGCAAAUAGCUGAGGAGAUGGAGUUUGGAUCACAGAAGGCUAGGAAUGAUCAACAGGAGAAAAUAGUAGAGCCUGCUACAGUCGCUCCCACAUAUGAAACUAUAAAGGAGAGGCUGCUGAGCUUGGUUAAAGAUCUUGAUGUGGCUGCUUUGAGCCGCAAAGAAGUUAACGAGAUUGAGGAUGUAUUCAUGGAUGCCAAAUCAAAGCUGUAUGAUGCAGGCAAGCGAGGGAGAGAAAUGGCUGAUGACUAAGGAAUUUUGCAUUGCCAUGGCGUUUUGCUUAUGGUUGUGGUUGGCUAACACGUGUCACAUGAAGACAUACAUGAUAUGAUUGCAUGGAGGAGUUUCGGUGGAUAAUUUGUAGCUUAGAUACCAGAAAUAAUACCAAUUAUGCUGCACA